ACGUGCCUCCCAGCAACGAAGAUGACACGCUUCCAUCACGUCUCUCUCUCCCUCCACGAUAAGGUGUUCACGGUGACGCCACCGAUCUCCGGGCAUCUCCCCGCACCACCGACGCCGAGGCGGACACCAUGGGACACGCAGCAGCGGGCGACCACCUGUUCUCGGUGAGGACCACCGUGGUGUGGUGCCUGCUCUUCUGCGACUCCAUCGUGUGCGGCCAGGGGGUCCAGCCCCACGGCGAGGACCAGCUCUUCAAGAAGCUCUUCUUCCGCUACAACAAGUGGUCCCGGCCGGUGCCCAACGUCUCCGACGUGGUCAUCGUCAAGUUCGGCCUCUCCAUCGCCCAGCUCAUCGAUGUGGAUGAAAAGAACCAGAUGAUGACCACCAAUGUGUGGCUGAAACAAGAAUGGAACGACUACAAGCUGAGCUGGAACCCGUCCGACUACGACAACGUGACGUCCAUCAGGGUGCCCUCAGAGCUGAUCUGGGUGCCUGACAUCGUCCUCUACAACAAUGCCGACGGGGAGUUCGCCGUGACCCACAUGACCAAGGCGCACCUGUUCCACACGGGCAAGGUGCGCUGGGUGCCGCCGGCCAUCUACAAGUCGUCGUGCAGCAUCGACGUCACCUUCUUCCCCUUCGACCAGCAGAACUGCAAGAUGAAGUUCGGCUCGUGGACCUACGACAAGGCCAAGAUCGACCUGGAGCCCAUCGAGGUGGCGGUGGACCUCAGCAACUACUGGGAGAGCGGCGAGUGGGCCAUCAUCAACGCGGUGGGCACCUACAACACCAAGAAGUACGACUGCUGCCACGAGAUCUACCCGGACAUCACCUACUUCUUCAUCAUCCGCCGGCUGCCCCUCUUCUACACCAUCAACCUCAUCAUCCCCUGCCUGCUCAUCUCCUGCCUGACCGUGCUGGUGUUCUACCUGCCGUCGGACUGCGGCGAGAAGAUCACUCUGUGCAUCUCGGUGCUGCUGUCGCUCACCGUGUUCCUGCUGCUCAUCACCGAGAUCAUCCCGUCCACCUCGCUGGUCAUCCCGCUCAUCGGCGAGUACCUGCUCUUCACCAUGAUCUUCGUCACGCUCAGCAUCGUCAUCACCGUCUUCGUGCUCAACGUGCACCACCGCUCGCCGGGCACGCACCAGAUGCCCCUCUGGGUGCACCGCGUGUUCCUGGACCUCAUCCCCCGCUGGCUGUUCAUGCGGCGACCGGCGCCGGAUGGGCGGCGGCGGCGGCUGAUCACGCUGCGGCGGGAGACGGGGGCGGCGGCGGCGUGGGGGAGGAAGGGUCGUCACGACGACGGCAGCGGCGGGGCUCGCUGCCUCAGCACGUCGGCCACCUGGCUGAAGGAGGCGGGCGCCAUGGCGACGACGGCGACGGCGGAGUCCACGACGACCACGACCACGACGCUGACCACGGCGAAGGACGACCCCGAGAGGAGGUGCUACGAGGAGCUGGAGCUGGGCAAGCUGACCUCGUACUUCUCCUUCCGGCCGCCGUCGCCGCGUCCGCCCGGGUCCACGCCUCCUCCUGCUGCUCCUCCUCCUCCUCCUCCUCCUCCUCCUCCUCCUCCCCUGCUCCCCCCGGCCAGCGGCCUCGACCUGCCGCCCUUGUGCGUCCAAAAGACGGGUUCCCUCGGCGAGGAGGCGACGCCGGGGGAGUCGUCCUUCCUGCUGUCACCAGGCGUGAUGCGGGCGCUGGAGGGCGUGCUCUACAUCGCCGACCACCUCCGCGCCGAGGACGCCGACUUCAGUGUGAAGGAAGACUGGAAGUACGUUGCCAUGGUGAUCGACCGCAUCUUCCUGUGGAUGUUCAUCAUCGUGUGCCUACUGGGCACCAUUGGCCUUUUCCUCCCGCCCUGGCUGGCCGGAAUGAUCUAGAAGAGGUGGCCUCCGUCCCCAGCACCACCGCCACUGGUGACCUAUGACCUCUGCUGGGGAGAAAGUACGGCAGGUCCCUGGAUAAGAGUUGUGUUACGCAGGCUUAACUGGUGAUGGAUCUGUUUCAAAAGACCUGACCUGAGGAUCCCGGACAUUGUUGACCCCUUGAGUGUUGUGGCCGGAAUCUGUGGUUUGGAAACAUUCCUGGACUGUGGAGGAGUUGAACCGGUCAGUGGCGCGGUCUACCAGGAGCCGAUUUGGUGGGCAGGGCCCAAACUCAGCUUGUUUUUUUUGUCUUCCACCUCUGGAUCCUGAUCAUUACCAUACUCACACACACAGAAACAAAAUAAUUACCCCAAAAAGCCGGUCGGUCCUGGCUAGUGGCUUUGAUGAAGACGUGCCCAAUGGCAUUUUGUUUGAGUUCUCAGUGGCUGCAGCAACACCCUGGAUCUCUCCCGGAGUUCCCUUGAGCGGGAAACAUUUCUGUCGGACGAAUGCAUUGUUGUACUGCGCUGUCCGCUCCCCUCCGUGACCCGAUGGAAUAAGAGACCGUGCGCAGCUCGUCAUCUCCAUGCGUCAGUGGCCUUUGACCGGGAGCGACCGGGAGCAGACAGGCCAGGCUCUUUCAAGCGUUCGUCCUCUGGCAUUACAUGAAAUACCUAAAAAACAUAUGGGGCCCUAUCUUGCAUCCGGCGCAAUUGACUUUCUCACUGGCGCAUGUGUCAUUGCUAGUUUGCAACUGGCGCAGAGCGUUCUAUUCCCUCCUGCGUCACGCGUCUGUAAAUUAGGGAAUGAUCUUGCGCCCCAAGGGGCGGUUCGGCAAAAGGAGGAGGCGUGUUCUGGCGCAAACGUUCCCUGGUGCUAUUUUGCAGUUUCAGAAAACAAUUCCGCCACAAACCAGGAAAUACCUGGUUUAAAGGCAGUGGCGCGUUGUUCAGAUGCUAUUUUAAGGGCGCAUGCAUAAUGUUGCUUGUGCAGCUCGCACAUACACUUUGCUUCUCUCAUCUACCUAGCCACACAUUCUUCGUAAAUUAUUUGGGAAAGAACAGAUGAUACAGCCGUAAUAAGUUGUACUUUUAAAUCAAUGCAUCUGCAAACACCGUACAGCAAACACAUAUUUUCUUGACACAGACAUCGUGUACAUGCCCAUAACUUUUAGGAUUGAUGAGUAUUUGAUCGUGAGAAAACAUUGUUUUACCGCGAGUGAGUUAAAAAGAAUGAAUGAAUGCGGGCGCGCGUGUGUGUAUGUGUAAAAUUAGGCCUAAAAUUAGGUAAUUAGGCUACUUCAGACCAACCCAUUUUAGAUUUGCGUCGGGCGCAAGAGUCAUUUUUGCGCCGGUAAAAUAGCAACAUCGCCAUAGAACCGCCCGGAAAGCUACUUGCGGUUGGCUCUUCUCACUUGCGUUUCAGACCGUUAAAAUAGGGCCCAUGGUAUGUUUAGAUUCUAGAUUGGACCCAUAAUGUGCGUUGGGUACUCUUUCAACCAUUGCUGAAUUUGUCAGCUAGUAAUAGCUUUUAUUUUCAUUGUUAAUUGGGCCGGGGAUACGCUGAAUGGCAAAACAUGUUGGUGAAUGUGUCAAUUCAAUUGUUGGUAGAGAUGUUUUUGUAUAUUAAUGUCUGUAUUAAGUUAUUUUCUACUUCUACUGAAUGACUCACUUUGCUGCUGCUUCUGAUAAAAAAAGAUGAAUAUGUAUUUAUUUUAUUAUUUUUCUGACUUAUUUAUUACACAUUUUUAUACUAUAUUUAUCAUUUAAACCAACAUUUAAUAAACACAUGCGUUUAUUAGAUGUUUGUCUAUGACUGCUGCUUUCACAUUAUUUUCCCAUGCCUACAUAAUGAGCGAUCGUAUGUAGGUGUGAUUUAUUGGUAACACAAUCAUUUCUGUUCACAUAUCUAACCAGCUAUGAGGUCAUGAUGAAACGAUAACGCACCCCAUAACAAAUGUCCCAUUACAUAUUUAAAGCGCCACAGAAAACACACACACAAAAUCACACAAAAUGCCAAUCAGCGAUUGAAUACAUACAGUCAUACCUCAUAAAACAUGUUUUAUAUUUGAUACACUUCAGUCCUCCAUCAACAGUAUCAGUAAUGAUACACAUGUUUCUAAUAUGAUAACACAUUCAUGUAAUUCAUCAUUCACUAAUAGCUUAUUAAUGUUGUUUACAGACAUGGAGUGUUACCAAUAUCAUUUACAGUUUUAUUUCAUUAAUUCCAAUGUUGUGAUGACAUAAUAUUGAUGAUGAAGAUGAUGACAUAUAAUGCAUCCACAUAGAAAGGCACUCAAGGUCGAUAUAGAAAAUAUUUUCCAAGUAUUGUAUAAAUGUCUCGAUCAGUAUUUUCUCAUUUUUAACGAAGAAUAAAGUCUCACAUUUUAUAUAAAAAUGACUAAGGCUGUAUCAAUAGCAGAACUAUUCUGCAGAUUAUGUGUAAAAUGUUGCAUAUUUUAUUUAGUUUUUUUUCCUUUUUCCAUCAAAUUAAA